GUUAAACACCCGCAGCUGCUCUACGAGGCAAAGCUCCUUGAGCAAGCUGCCGGCCAAGGCUUCCCAAAGGUCUACUGGCAUGGAAGAGAAGGCGACUUCAACAUUCUGGUCAUGGAGCGCUUGGGCGCCUCACUUGAGGAGUUGCUGGCGCUUUGCGGUGGGCGACUGUCCCUCAGGACAGUGCUGCUGCUGGCGGAGCAAAUGAUUCAGCGAGUCCAGCUUUUGCACAGCCUGGGGUUCGUGCAUCGCGACAUCAAGGCGGAGAACUUCCUGAUUGGCUGGAAGAGCAGCAGGCGAAUGCUCUACGCCAUCGACCUUGGCCUCGCCAGGCCCUGGCGAGAGAGUUCAGGAGCCCAUGUUCCAUACAAGGACGGCAAGAAGCUGGUGGGUACAGCGAGAUUCUCCUCGGUGACCUCCCACUUGGGCGUGGCGCAAAGCCGCCGCGAUGACGUAGAAGCCCUGGCCUACUUGCUACUCUACCUACGCCGAGGGCGGCUUCCCUGGCAGGGACUUGGAACAGCCACCGAGGAGGCCAAAUAUGAGCGGAUUCUCGAUGCCAAGAUGUCCAUCACGCCUGCAGAGCUGUGCAAGGGUGAGCCGGCACAGUUCGCAGCGUUCCUCAAGUAUGCACGUGGCCUAGGCUACACUGAGGAGCCGGACUACGCGAAGCUGCGCGGGCUGUUCCGAAGCGUUCUGCUUCAGCAGAAGGGCGUGCAGGAGGCGAACAUGCGGGACCUUGCAUUCGACUGGGAGGUUGAAGUUCCUGCGGCCAAGGCGCUGGACUUGGCGAAAGAGCCCGUCACGGACGGCGCCUUGGCGAACUCCAGCGCGCCACCGGCAGUGAAGGGGCGAUUCAAGGCGGAAGGGCAUGCAGAAUUGGGCGAGCACGUUUCAGGAGUUUUCGGCUACAAACUAUGCUUGGCACAGGUGCAGGUAGAGGAGACCCAUGACAGCGAGCACGAAGAGGGUCGGAGGUGGUGGUGCUUUUGGACGAUUCUGAACGCGGUGUCCUGCAUACUGGUGAUCUUCAGCAUCACCACCACCGUUGUCUUGUCCACGCCGCGUUUCAACUUCAUUCACAUUCAUGGGGGUGUGGAGAUAGUCUGCUCCGCCUUCUUUUGCUUCGAGUACGUGCUACGAGUCGCCGCCGCUCCGAACCUCUGGAAGUACGUGUGCUCUUGCCUGGGCAUUGUCGAUCUGAUCGUUGCGGCGGCCAGCCUGCCCACCCUGAUCAUAAGAACUGUGGAGCUCUUACGAGGGCGCGGUCACAUUCCCUUCUUCUACCCCCUCCUGCCCCUUCGGAUGCUGCGACUUCUCAAGUUGGUAUACUACCUCCCGGAGAGCCGACAGCUCUGCAAUGCAAUCAAGGGUGUGGCGAGGUUCAUCAUGGUCUUCUUGCUCGGGGUUCUUGUGAUCAUCCUGAUGUUGGGCAGUUGCCUUCACGUGGCUGAAAAUGGCCGCGAGGGCUUUGAGUCAAUUCCAGCAGGCAUGUGGUGGGCUGCGGUGACGAUUACGACGGUGGGCUAUGGGGAUGCCGUGCCCCAGACCGUUCUAGGCAAGCUGUUUGCAUCCCUCUCCAUGCUGAUUGGCUACGGCAUGCUCGCCAUUCCCACCCUCCUUGGCACCUUUAAUGUUCGGAACGAGGACCCAAAGCGCAAGGCCAAGACUGAAAAGCUGGACAUGGAGGCUUCUGGCUUGAAGAGAAGGACCACCUCUUUUGGACGCGACGCGCCUGAGGGUCUCGUGCCCGUGCAGAUCCGCCCAGCCGACUGCGACCCCGCCGGAUGCCUCAAGCAUUCCGUGGGGUUUGCGCUGCUUGAGGAGGCCGUCGUGCAGUGGAGCCCGCCUGAGGUUGCAUUGUCCGGCAAUCUGCAGUCUGAGUCAUCUCGUGAGUUUCGUGUCUCAUUCUUCUCCGCCUCCCAUGGAGAUGGAGCGGAGCCUCCGGUAGCUCGUGGCAGCAUCCGAUAUGGGCGAGCCAGUGUUCGCGAUCGCUAUGUGAGCUUGGCUUCACCUGAUGAUCUCCAUCACAAUGAAAAUUCCCGAGAAUUCCACUACCGACGCUUUUGGCUGACACUGAACUUGCUGUCCAUCUUCAUCGUCGUGCUCAGCGUGGUUCUCACGGUGGUCAUGUCGCUACCUGAGGUUCGAGCCAGCGAAAGCUACACGCAAAUUUACGACGUGGUGGAGAUGCUCUGCGCGGCUUUUUUUGUCGUGGAGUAUCUCUUGCGCCUUUGCGGCUCUGGCAUGAGGCGACUCUCCUAUGCAUGUUCGGGCCUCGGCUUAGUCGACCUCGUCGUCGCAUUGUCCUCCAUGGCGGCCAUCGUCACACGCUACCGAGACCUGGUUCAAGGAGGUCAUGGUGGUAACCUCUGCCAGCCGUUGGUGUGUUUGCGCAUGCUACGGCUUCUCAAGCUGAUGCACUACAUCCAGGAGUGCCGGCAACUGUCCCAUGCCUUGAGCACGGACUUCCGCUUCAUCACGGUCUUCCUCUUCGGAAUCCUGGUCAUCGUGCUGAUGCUGGGAACCUGCCUGUACGCAGCGGAGAAUGGUGACAAUGGUUUCGAGUCGAUCCCGCAUGGGAUGUGGUGGGCCACUGUCACUUUGACCACUGUGGGCUACGGAGAUCUGGUGCCCCAAACUUGUUGGGGAAAGUUCUUUGCCGCAUGCUCCAUGUUGAUUGGCUAUGGCCUGCUGGCCGUCCCUACACUGCUUGGCACUGUUCAAGCGACGAAGUCCACGUUUAACGAGCCGCCGCUAGCCCUGCGCAGCCCCACCAGGACCGCCAUCGAUCUGGACGCAUCGAACAACGUGGAGUAUUUUUCGCUGCAGCCGCGGGCCAACGAUGUGGACCGGUGGCGGUGUCUCAAGCCAUCUUCUGGCCAAAGCCUGCUGGAUGAGGUGGUGCACCAGUGGAGCCGCCGCGAGGAUGUCAGCCUGUCUCGCUGGCACGCGUAUCACUACUCCUUCACCUUGUCCCUCCCUCUACAGCAGCUGUGUGAGGACAGCGACCUGUAUGUGCAGGUCCAGGCGUGUCCCAACAGCGACUCCUCGUCUGACUUCCAGGUGAUCUUUCACUGUGGCCAGUGCUACAGUCCAGACACGCUCGACCGAGCUCUGGCAGAGGGUCAUGUACGAUACUUCCUCACGGUGGGUUUUAUCGAAUCUGCGUCCUCUGACACAGACGAUGCAGAGGACGAAGGAGGAUCCUGCCUGCAGAUCAUCAUCAUUAUCGCCGUGGGCUUCUUUGGCUGCAUCGAUCUUUCCCAUCGCCUGGCGAAGUCGGGUGAGAGGUCUGAAAACUUGGCGGAAUUCACUGGAGAGGCUCUACAUGCGCUGAAGCAUGAGCUCAAGUCGUCAGCGGGUGAUCUCAAGGUGAAGCUGCCCGAGAGGGUCGACUCCAUGAUUGACAGCAUCGAGGUGGCGGAAGAGAAGGCCAAGAGCCUGGUCCAAACAUUCCAGGCAGGAGGGUUCCAGGACUCCGCGGUGCAGACGGUCUCUCAGGCGAUCUACGGGAAGCUGAUGCUGAUGCUCUAUGUGGCCUCACGGCGAGUGAAGGCUGCUGCAGCAAGUGUUCAAUCCAUGCCUUGGCCAGCCAUCUCGACCUACAUGACCUCCAUCAAUGGCGCCUUGGGACGCCUGCAGGGCAUGGCCGAGCUCCUUGUGCCCCACCUGCCAGCCAAUGCGCAGAAGGUUGUUUUUGAGUUCACGAACGCGACAAGUCAGCUUGAUGGGAUUUCCCUGCGCAUGGAGGGUGAUCUCCAAGGGCUUCGAGAUUUGGACGCCCUCUGCGUGUCCUUCACGUCGAACGUGACGAAGCUUGCAGCUCAAACCAUGGAUCCAUCUGCAGAAGACAAGGUUGAGCAGCUGAUGAAAACGCACAGACCCUUCACCUUGCUUCAUGACGAAGGCCUUGUCGAGCUAAGUCAGCUUCUUGACCAAGGAGCAGUGAAGAACUUCGUCAACCUCACAGCGUCACAGAAGGCUGAAGCCAGCCGUGUCUUAGCAGACGUCACUGACCUGAUUGAGAGGCUUGCGGGCAAGCUCCGCAGCAUCAGGGAUGGGACAGUUACGGAGAUCGCCAAGUCUGCCGAGGAUGGCGUGGAAAGCACCGAGCCGGAGUGGUCCUUCUUGGCGAGCCAGGUGCAGAACGUGGGGGCAGCCCUCAAGAACUCACUCUCCCAGCUGGCGUGGCUGUACUCCCUGCUUGGGGGUGUGAUGAUGGCUUCCGUCCUGGUGGUCAUGUCACUUGCAGUAGCGUACGUCUUCUCGCUGUAUCAUCGCAGCAAGAACGGCACCUAUUUGGACUUCGCCGAUGACCUGGAUGGCUGGAAAGGCUGUAUCCUGCGUGCUCUUCGCUGCGUUGUGAACUCCUUCAGCUGCGUGGCCGUCGAGCUGCUUCUGGAUGUGCUUGCCGUCAUCCUCCUCGUCUUAGCCCUGGUCUUCAGCACCCUUGCUGGGGUCCACUUGGCAGUGUAUUCAGCUUGUCAAGCGGACCCCAUCUUAACGCACAACACUGCCUGCACGCAGGCCGUCGAGAGCUUCAGCCACGUGCUUCAGGAGCAGGACUUCUUUGCAGGUCACACGUGCGAACGCGAUGGGAUCCUCAUGUGUCAAGACGUUGUUGUCAGCAGUUCAUCAUGGCCGGUGCUGGUUGCCGUCAUUAUCCCGACUGUGGGGGCGCUGUUGACGUGCUGCCUUUCGCGGCAGGUGGUCGUGGAGCGACACGAGGCGCAGCUCCGUGCGGA